AUGGGUGGCCAGCAUCACUACCGUUCCGUUUCGAAUGACGAAUCGCAUCCUCUCGCUCCUGAGAAAGAAGGAUACCUGAGACCAUCAGGCUGGGGCAAGCAAUCCAUCUUUCUCUCCAUUGCCACUGGCACCUUGUUCAUUGCAGUAAUUGCUGCCGUUCUAUCCACAAUCGGUUCAGCUGUUAUCUCUUACGGCGGAUCUGGCUCAUCUGCUGCAACAACCACCGCAAGUGCCGCAGCCGUUGAGGUGAGCACCUCAGUCUCAGCUGCUCCCACACCUUCAGCGACCACUGGCAAUGAUGACUUGAAAUCAACCGACCCAGACUCCGAUAUCCUCACCCCCGCUAUUAUCCAGGACUGUGGCUACAGCCCUCAAGAAGCCAGAGAUCGAGGUUGCGUUUUUGAUGUCAUGAUGCAACUCUGGACGCCCGCCGCCUGUUUCGAUGAGAUCCUUUCAAACCGUUUCCUCGAAGUCGGCAACUGGACCUGGUAUGCUGAUCCAGGCGCCGAACAUAUAUUCACCCUGGAAGAAAUGAGAAAGGGAGAGCACGACGCCGUUUAUGUCGCUCAAGAUUAUCACAUCACUCAUUGCAUCUAUGCUUGGGAAAGACUUGUUCGCGCUAUGAGGACUCGGACCCCGCUGAUUACCGAACUUAUCUCUUACGACCAUGUUAUUCACUGCCGUCACAAGACCCUCCAGAGGGCCGAUGGAGGCAGUUCAAUUCGUGGCGUCAGAGCGCCAACUGGUUAUACCCAAUGUGCCAUGUACGAUACCUGGAAGUUCAAUCUGCCUCCCAACGAGCACUCUUCGACGGAAUAA